GAGUGUUCAUUUCACUGCAUGUCUCACCCACUCUGUGUCUGCUGCUCCCUCUUCCUUUUCUCCUCAUUUUUUCUUUCUCUGCCACUGCUGACAGUACUACUAAUCUCUGCCUAUUUUCAGCAGGCUUUCUUUUCCCCACAGAUGCCCCUUUUUACACUAGUUUACCAUUUAUUUCCCUCCAUCUCUAUUUCUCCCCCUGCAAGUCUUUCUGUGCUCAUAUUGAGGAAUGCAGCAUGAGGCAAGCGGUGGCUUUUUGGCUGUUGAUACUUGCGACUCUGCUCCGAGAAUCAGUGCAGGGUCCACACCAGCGUUAUCUUCUCAAAGAACUGCUGAGGGACUACAACCCUAUGGAGAGACCAGUGGCCAACGACUCCCAGGCCCUCACUGUUCACUUCUCCUUCACUCUAAUACAGGUCAUGGAUGUGGAUGAGAAGAAUCAGAUCCUCACCACAAAUGCCUGGCUGCAGAUGCAGUGGUAUGACCACUAUCUCCAGUGGAACCAGUCAGAGUAUCCUGGAGUCAAGAACCUCCGUUUUACCCCUGACCAGGUCUGGACCCCUGACAUAUUGCUCUACAACAGUGCUCACGAUAAGUUCGAUGCCACGUUUAAGACCAACGUGCUGGUUAACUCGAGUGGCUUCUGUGAGUAUCUGCCUCCAGGGAUAUUUGUCAGCACAUGUAAUGUGGAUGUGAGAUGGUUUCCAUUUGACAUCCAGCGCUGUGAGCUGAAGUUCGGCUCAUGGACUUUUGAUGGCUGGCUGCUGGACAUCCAGAUGAGGGAGGCAGAUGUGUCGGGGUACAUGACCAAUGGAGAGUGGGACCUUAUGGAGGUCCCCGGAGGUCGUAAUGAGGUUUUCUAUGACUGCUGUGCAGAGCCGUACCCAGAUGUGACGUUUGUGGUAACGCUAAGAAGGAGAACCCUGUUCUAUGCUCUCAACCUGCUCAUCCCAUGCGUGCUCCUGUCCUCCAUGACCCUGCUGGUCUUCCUGCUCCCCGCCAACUCGGGGGAGAAGAUCAGCCUCGGCAUCACCGUUCUGCUUUCUCUAACUGUCUUCAUGCUGAUGGUUGCAGAGAUAAUGCCCGCCACUUCCGACUCCGUGCCACUGAUCGGUCAGUACUUUGCCAGCACCAUGGUGAUUGUUGGUAUGUCGGUGGUAGCCACAGUCAUUGUCCUCCAGUUUCAUCACCACAGUCUGAAUAGUGGACAAAUGCCACGCUGGGUACACUUGGUUCUGCUGCAGUGGGUUCCUUGGUUUCUGCGCAUGAAGCGACCAGGAGAGGGAGCAGAACCCACUCUAUCCAGCAGCCAAGCAGACUCUCACAGCAAGACUCUAUCCUCUCCGACGACCACCACCACCACCACGAUCCCCAUCCCUAUCCCAGCUUCUUCUAUCCUGCCACAAAGUCUCGGUGCCCUGCAGGCAAGCUUGGCACAGCUCAGCCACCCUCUGUCCCACCAACUUCCUCAACGCCCCCAGGUUAAUAUCCAGCCUAAUGCAAGCUCCAAUCCACCACCUCAGCCCAAUGGUCAUUUGCCUUACAUGGGCUUUCAGACCUUCCAGACCACAGCAGAACUAGAACCUGUUCAGAGGUGCCGAACUACCAGCCAUGGGCGGGCCAACAGAGGAUCCGGUGGAGGAGGAGAAGGAGAUGAAGGGGCAGCAGUAGGAGGAGGUGCGGUGGGAACGAUUGGAGAUAUACCAAUACAUCAGCACCUCCAGUCUUCAAAGUUUGUGAACCCCCCACUGGAAACUCUAGUAUCUCCAGACCCUGAGCAUACAGGCGCAGCCACUGGACCCUGUGGCUUAGAUCCUGGGGGUGGGAGAUCAGCUGCCCUACAGAGCCACAGUGGGAUGAUUCGAUCUGUUGCUGUGGACAACCAGCUACAGGCUCUUCUAACGGAGGUGCAGUUCUUAGUGGAACGCGUUCGCGAGCAGGACCGUCAGCUGAGUUUAGCAGAGCAGUGGCAGUUCGCUGCUGCCGUCAUCGACCGCCUGUGCCUGGUCGGAUUCAGUGUUUUCAACAUCAUCUGCACAAUUGCUAUCCUCAUGGCUGCUCCUAACUUUGGGAUAGCUUUAUCAAAAGACUUCCUCUGAGAGAUAAAGAAGCAAGUCGGAGAAAGAGGGUGGUGCAAUGAGACGCUGAUGGAAGCACAAUUUUGAUUUUAAAAGCGGGAAAGGACUAUUCUCAGUGACUCAGAAACUUUAGAGUUAAUUUUCUUAUGGUACAUACUGUAUAUAGAACUCAUUAUGUAGCAUAUGUGAAAAUAAUCAAAUCUGACUUGAAUUAAACUUGUAUAAAGACUAGCAUUUGUAAGAUGAUGCCCAGUUGAGAGCAGUACAGGGUUACAUUUAUUCUUGUGUGUCUUCAUUUCAACUAUAAAAUUGUGACAUUUUGAAAUUAUGCAGUUGGUUUGCCUGCUUCCACUGGGCUUUGCACUUUCUGAAGGUUUUGGUUUAAUCUCUAUGUCGGGGCCUGCCAACAGCAGCCGUCAGCUCUUACUCAUUAAGCUAACUAGCUGAACAUGGCAAUCAGCCACCCAUCAGUUAAAGCCGGUGCUACAUGUGCUAAUGAACAGCAAAUCUUUGAUCCAUCAGGGUGUAAACCUGGAUAACCUGUGUCAAACUGUAGAGAUUGAGGAAUGUUUCCUUGCAUCUGGGAUAAUGAAGAAAUAAACAUAUAUCCACUGCCUUAAUGACUCUUAAGAUAAUGUUUCAAAAAUAGGUGUUGAACUCAUCCAUAUUUUGCCACUCUGUUAUAGCGCUGUCCUAGAGUCACAGACCACAUACAGAGAAGCAUAGAAACACUUGGAGUCAUGUAGGUGUAGCUUUUCUAUGAAAAUAACAGGUAAAGCUCUCAACUGCAGUGGUAUCUAUACAUGCUCACUGUACACAACUCCAUUGGUGAAAAAAAGCAUGUUGAUGCUUGUUGGAAUAUAUUUAAUAUUUUCUAGGAACAUAUUUUAGUAAUGAAAGUGUCUUGAUGUUUCUUGUCAGUAGAAACUAGCUGCCUAAAUUGUGCAGGUGUGUUUUUGAGCAGUUUUUUCCAUAUAAAUGUUCUUCAUAACUUGGAGCUUAUGGGGACCUCUUCGAUGGCCUCCAAUUUUCAAUUGAGUUUAAUUCAAGUGAUUGAUUGGCUCAUUCUUUCAGUUUUAGUUUCUUUCUCUGAGGCCAAUUGAUGGUUUUGUUGGUUGUGUGUUUGGGAUUACCUGACUGGUAAAGUAUCUGUCCCUAUUUAAUAUUAUCUGACUUUCUUAUUAAUAAUGUCCAUGUACAAUUGCACUUUUUAUCCUUAUUAGCAUAGGCUGAAAAACAGUCCCACACCAUGAUUAUAUCACCUACCAACUUUAGUGUCGCUAUGGUGUUUUGGGGGGCUAAUGUGGAAUGCCACUCCUCCCCCAAAUUAGGUAUAUCAGAUUUAAUCUGACAGAGUAUAAUUUUCCAGUAUUUCAAUGACUUAUCCAAAUAUUCUACAGCAAACAAAAAUGCUUCAGAAUGCUUUUUCUUCAACAGUGGAGUCUUGCACUGAGUGGACAUACAGCGCUAUACAGUUAGGUGAUUUACUUAUCUCCCUGAAGUUCUCUGUGACUGAUUUUUGAUUGUUGGACAGCUCUGCUGAUAAUUAUUUUUGACUCUGAUUAAAUUAUAUUGUUUCCACUUUCAGAUUAUGGUUGCUCUGCUCACUGGAACAUUUGGAUGUUCAGACGUAUGUUUUGAUUGCUAUUUGUUUGCUCUGCAACUAAGGUGAAGGGGCUAAGAGAGAGCUUUUCUCUCAACAAAGCAUGACUUUUGUGUAAUAACUGGGUGAUGAUGACCUAUGAAACAUUCAAUUAAAAAUACAAAAGUUAUGAUUAGGUAGCUUCGAUAGAAGCAGGGCUGCUUUCUAAAUACUGACAUAUUUCAGCUUGUUUCUUGGCAGUCUGCGGUGUUUUGCUGUUCAUUUUCUUCAUGUUUUUAACACCAACACCCUGUUUCACUCUAUUUUUUUAUACUAUCUAAUUUAUGGCAGUUUUUGUUUUUAUCUAUUUGCAGGUGUGGGUAACGUCAGUUGUUAAUGACAUAUGGCGAGAACAUAUCUAUUAUGAAAAACACUGACGUGUGCAGUGGGUGUUUUCACAUAGCAAUUUGAAUGACUGACCCACGGGUGCAUCCAUAAAUGGCCAGUGAAGCUAUUACAGCAUUUGAAUCUUGGUCAAAAGUUUGGUGUCUGUAUGCCAAGAGAGGAUUGUGAUGAUGGCUACUAGAAAAAUGCUCUCUUGCACUAUUUUUCACAACCUUUUACAUAAAUAUGAGGGUAUAAGCAGACAUGGGCAAACAUCUUUUCAUAAGCUGUCCUUCUAAUACCACAAAGUAUAAGCAUCGUCUACAUUUUUUCUAUACAAAGAAGGGAAAAAUGAGACUACUCUCAGCACUCUGGGUGUGCAAUUAUAAUCUGUUGAAAGCAGGUCCUCUAGUCUAAUGGGGUCUGUAGUGCUAAUUAAAUUAUUAAAUCAAAGUUCAUAUUUGAAUUAAUACAUAACACAUUAAGAAUUAAAACCUAGAUCUGGCCUUAAUGCAAUUAUUUAAAAAAAAACUUUACAGUGGAGUUUAUAUGUUAAAAAGCUUUAAAAACAUAUAAAGUUUGAUCAAAACAGCAAAUAAAAGUGCAUAAAAUUACCAUAUUGAUUUAUUGUUGGGACGUGUUUUGGUGCUUUCUUAACUUAAAAAGUGAUCUAAAAGAAGGGGGAAUGUGACCAAUUUAAGUUUGUCUUGUUGCUUUCAGUUUGUGAAUGAUAAAAGCAGUACUUCUAACAAAUGGGCAACAUUUACCAAAUGCAGUCCAGCCACAGCUCUGUAUGUACUGAAAUAUCAUCCAGGCAAGAUGCCCAGGAACUCUGAGUUUGGCUCCAUGUGCUGUAAAAAAAAUUUCAGGAUGCAUAUCAGAUUGUAUAAAUCCCUGAAGUUAUUUAUGUGAAUGUAAAGGGCAGAGGAGAUGAGACUAGAACACAUUUUUGCAUCACCUUAGUUGGUUUUGGUGCAGGAGUUUAAUUUCUGUGGAGCAUAAAGCAAACAGAUACUUCCUCUAAAAUGUUCAGUAUAGUGCUAUGGAAGGUGUUGUUUAUUCUAUUCAUUAAUGUGAUUCAGCGCCUGACACUACUACUGACAUGCUGGGAAAAGAUGUGCGCAAAAGCCUUAAAGUAAAAUAGUGUCAUGAAGACGUGGAGAAGCAAAUCUUUGCUGCAGUGAUGUCAGAAGACUUUUAUUCCACAAAGUGUGUCAAAGUUUGGUUGUCUCCCAGUCUUAUUUUUCACAGUUUAGGUUGUUUUUAGAUUUGAUAGUUGUGGAUCUGUGGUUAUGGGUCAGUUUCCUGAAGAUCAACAUGUCUGUGGCCUACUUAUUUCAAUUGUUCGCUUGUCUUUUUCAUCUUGAAGAGUAGUAAAGGCUAACAUUUGUGGCAUCAUACACCUUAAGGAAACAGGAAGUGAUAGAUGACCUGCUGAACUUUCCUAUCAACAUAAUAAAGUUAACAGGAAGAGUAUAACAAACAAAGCCAUGGCUUCAAUUGCAACUAUUAUAUAUUAUCAGUGGUAUAAAUGAGCGUGGCACUGUCAAGUCAAGUUUAUUUAUUUUAUUUGAUAAAUACUAAUAAUCAUUAGCUUAGACUAUCAUUUGAAAUCACUCUUCCUCUAGACUCUUGGUGUCAUGGUGGGUGGUAAUUUUCUGACCCAAAUGUAAUAUAAAGAUUUGAAAUAUUUCACUCAAU